GAGAUCCGAAAGUGUAUCCACACAUGAAGCGGUCUGACCUUCUUCACGCUUGCUUCUUACUUGCUAGACACCAUAUAACUGCAUUUUAACCCCGUAUCUUUCACCUGUAUCUCUCACACAUUAUGGCAAACCCACAGCUUGCGUCUUUCAAGGUCCCCAUUGUCGACAAUGAGCCCAUGAGAGGCUAUGCGGUUGGCUCAUCAGAGCGUAAAGCUCUAGAAGCAGCAAUCGUCAAGAUGGAGCAGGAGCUCCCCUUCGAAGUCCCUUGUAUCGUGAAUGGUAAACCAGUCAAAACUGGGAAAUUGGCAAAACAGAUCAUACCAUCAGACCACGCUAGACAUCUUUGCUCGUAUCACGAAGCUGAUCAGGCCACUGUGGCGAGUGCGAUAGAUGGUGCUCUUGCGGCAAAGGCUGAGUGGGAGGGCAUGCCUUGGAACGAUAGGGCUGCUAUCUUCUUGAGAGCUGCGGAACUCGUUAGUGGGAAGUAUCGCUAUCAGUUGAUGGCAGCUACGAUGUUGGGCCAAGGCAAAAAUGCAUGGCAGGCCGAGAUUGAUGCUGCGGCAGAGCUUACCGAUUUCUUCCGAUUUGGUGUGAAAUACGUGGAAGAGCUGUAUAUUCAACAGCCGCCCAAAAAUGCUGCGGGCACAUGGAACCGCGUCGAGUACCGCGCGCUUGAAGGCUUUGUCCUUGCCGUUUCGCCAUUCAAUUUCACCGCUAUCGGUGGUAACCUCCCUGGAACACCUGCCCUCGUAGGCAAUGUCGUGGCGUGGAAACCAUCGCCAGCUGCUACCUACUCUAACUACCUCGUGUACCAAAUCCUUGCUGAAGCAGGUGUUCCCCCCGGUGUUAUCCAAUUCGUCCCUGGACCUCCCCCAGAAGUAGUCGCACAAGCAAUUGACCAUCCCGCUUUCUCUGCGCUCCACUUCACGGGUAGCACAUUCGUGUUCAAGAAGCUGUGGAAAGAUAUCGCUGCCAACUUGGACAAAUACAAGGGAUACCCAAGGAUCGUGGGUGAGACUGGUGGCAAGAACUUCCAUGUUAUUCAUAAAUCGGCGGAUGUACGGAACGCGGUGUUGCAGAGUGUGCGAGGCGCGUUUGAGUAUCAAGGACAAAAGUGUUCUGCUCUUUCGCGUAUGUAUGUUUCAUCGUCCCUCUGGAAUUCGGGUUUCAAAGAUCAGUUCCUGGGAGAGAUUGCAAAGAUCAAGGUUGGAGUACCCCAGGACUUUAGCAACUUCAUGGGACCUGUGAUAGGAAAGCCAGCUUUCGAUAAAAUUGUUGAUUACAUCGGCAAAGGGAAGGCUGCUGGAGGAGAAGUUCUCAUCGGUGGAACUGGUGAUGAUUCCAAGGGUUAUUUCAUCCAACCCACCGUCAUUCUGACCAAAGACCCGCGUUCCGUCACCAUGGCUGAGGAAAUUUUCGGUCCUGUCGUUACUGUUUACGUUUACGAUGAUGCAGACUUUGAGAAGACCCUCGAGCUCAUCGACAGCACUUCACCUUACGCUCUGACAGGUUCCAUUUUCGCGGCUGACCGCAAGGCUCUCGUGCUCGCCACCAACAAGCUUCGCAACUCCUCUGGUAACGUGUACUACAACGAGAAAUGUACUGGUGCUGUUGUAGGCCAACAGCCCUUCGGUGGAGCACGCGCGAGCGGUACGAACGACAAAGCCGGAAGUAUCAGCAUUUUCUACCGAUUCGUCUCUGCACGCAGCAUCAAGGAGAAUUUUGUGGGCUUGGAGGACUUCCAGUACCCUUCGAAUUUGAUCUGAGGAAACCCGACACUGUUGCCUAAGAGAAAAACACGUUAUUUCUUUUUGCUGUACUGUUAUAACAAAAACUAAAGGUAGCGGAAGAAAGGAAAGCAGCUAUAUGUGUAGCACCAGUGUAGCAUAUGUAUUUUCUGCCAAUCAGGGGGUUUCUAUUUGCGAUAAUUUUUGUGUGCCGCCUUGCAUCAACAUAGCCAAAU